AACAAAGAAUAAACAAGAAAACAAUAUAAUCAAUCUAAUGAAACAACAUAUGAGUAUUGUUGACUGCGUAUCUAUUAUCUACCUACAUAUUAUUAUUAUUAUUAUUAUUAUUUGCACCUGAAAAUAUAUCUUUAUAUGUUUCGGUACUUUUUAUUUUAUUCUUGCAAUAUAGGCCCACUUCAUUUGAAGAAUUUGGAAUCUCUCCGCAUAUACUUGACUCCUCUGGAAAACAACUUUCUUCAAACAAUUGGAGCAAUGCCUUCUUUGAAGUCUUUAUCAUUAUGGAAUUGUGGACUCAACGGCACCUUAGCUACACAAGUUUGGCAAAAUUUGACAAGUUUGGAAGAGUUGAGUGUGGAAUUUUCAUCUUUCCCUUCCAACUUUAUUCAAGUUAUUGGAAUACUGACUUCUCUUAAAAGGUUGGAAGUGUCGGGUUGGGAGGUGAAUGGCAACCUCUCUAUGCAUGCUUGGCAAACUUUGACAAGUUUGGAAGAGUUGAGCGUGGAAUUUUUAUCUCUCCCUUCCAACUUCAUUCAAGAUAUUGGAGCAAUGACUUCUCUUAAGAAUUUGUACGUGUUUGAUUGUGAGGUGAAUGGCAACCUCUCUAUAAAUGGCCCACUUCAUGUGAAGAAUUUGGAAUCUUUAAGCAUAGACUCCACUCCCCUGGAAAGCAACUUUCUUCAAACAAUUGGAGCUGUGCCUUCUCUCAAGUCUAUAUCAUUAUGGAAUUGUGGACUCAAUGGCACCUUACGUACCCAAGGUUGAGAUUGAUAUUACCCUCUCUUGAUUUCUGUUUUGCUAUUCUAUUCUGUUUCUAAGUUACCUUAUUUUAAGUACUUUUUCUGUCUUAUUCAUGUUGUCACUUUUGCAUGCA